AUGGAGUUGAUCAGUUUGUGCAGGCUGGAAAAUAAGAAUUCAGAAAUGUAUAAGUUCCUUCAUCCAGUUGGAGAUCAGGUGGGGUGGAAUAGGUUGAUUUGUAAUAGUCAUGCUAGUCCAAAAAGCACCUUCAUUGCUUGGUUAGCAGUGCAGAACAGACUUGCUACAAAAGACAGAUUGAUAAGUUGGCAAUUGAAUAUAGAUGGUACUUGUGGUCUGUGCCAAUUAGAGAUUGAAAGCUUGGCUCAUCUGUUCUUCUCUUGUUCUUAUUCUAAGGAUAUUUGGAGACAGGUUCUGAUUCAGUUAGGAGUGAGUAGGGGUGUGUUGCCUUGGCAGGAAGAAGUCCAGAUUGCAAUAAAGAGAAGUAGAAGUAAAAAGAAGAAGGCUUGCAAGUAUAGUAUAGCUUUCAUUGAGUCUGUCUAUUGCAUUUGGUUACAACGAAAUUCUAAGGUGUUUAGAGAUCAUGUUGAUCCAGUUAAAGCUGUUGUUAACAACAUUAUGUUUAAUGUUGAUUGUAGAUGUCAGUAA